AAAAACAAUGGCACAUUCAGUGAGCCCUACUCUCCAAGUACUUCUCCUCAUUUCUCUUGCCUCAUCUUUAGCAAAGGGAGCUGUACAGUAUAAUGUAGUAAGUUAUGGUGCCAAACCUGAUGGCAAAACAGAUUCAACCAAAGCCUUUCUAGCAGCUUGGACACAAGCCUGUGCCUCCACAAAAUCAACCAUCGUAUAUGUUCCUAAAGGAAGGUUCUUUCUUCGUAAAGUGGCAUUCCAGGGUCCUUGCAAAAACAAUGCUAUUGUUUUGCGUAUAGAUGGUACCCUUGUGGCUCCUUCAGAUUACAAGGUCAUAGGCAGUUCUGGGAACUGGCUGAUCUUUGAACAUGUUCAAGGGGUUACGGUUUCUGGUGGGACUCUUGAUGGACAAGGUACUGGAUUGUGGUCUUGCAAGGCCUCUGGCAAGAGUUGCCCUGCCGGUGCAACGUCACUUGAAUUCACAAAUUCAAACAACGUUGUAAUAAGCGGAUUGACAUCACUGAAUAGCCAAAUGUUCCACAUUGUCAUCAAUGAAUGCCAAAACGUCAAAGUGCAAGGGGUGAAAAUCAUGGCCUCUGUUGAGAGCCCCAACACCGACGGAAUUCAUGUUCAAGCAUCAAGUGGUGUCACCAUUCUGAAUUCUAAGAUUAGUACAGGGGAUGAUUGUGUAUCAAUUGGCCCUGGCACCACUAAUACGUGGGUUCAAAAUGUUGCCUGUGGACCUGGCCAUGGAAUCAGCAUUGGAAGUUUAGGCAAGGACCUUCAAGAAAGUGGAGUCCAGAAUGUGACAGUCACAGGAGCUACAUUUACUGGAACUGACAAUGGAGUGAGAAUCAAGACCUGGGGUAGACCCAGCAACGGUUUCGCCAGGAACAUUGUUUUCCAACAUCUUGUCAUGAAUAACGUUCAAAAUCCUAUUAUUAUUGAUCAAAAUUACUGUCCUGAUAACAACAAUUGCCCUGGCCAGGUUUCUGGGGUAAAAAUUAGUGGCGUGACCUAUCUAGAUAUCCAUGGAUCAUCAGCAACAGAAAUUGCAGUGAAAUUUGAUUGCAGUAAGAUGUAUCCAUGUACUGGGAUCAAAUUAGAGGGUAUAAAUCUCACUUACAAGAACCAACCAGCUGAAGCAUCAUGCAACAAUGCUGGAGGAGCCUGUCUGUAGAGGGGGAAACUAGCAAAAUAGUCAUGUGUUAAUCUUCAUAGGAAUAUAGAAAUUAUAUAUGAGGUGCGAUGUGCAAGUUAAUAAUGUUGGUCUAAGUGGAGUAGCUAAUUGACGUGAAUGUCAUUAAUUGCUUGGGCCAGUGGCAUUUCCACAGCAUGUAAUUGCUUGGAGCCCGGCUUUGCAAUUAUAUGGGAUAGUAAGAAGUUUCUCCCAGCAUUUUUUUUUCACUUUCUUUGUCAUGUAUGUUCAUAAGAAAAUAUAUAUACAUAUAUAGUGAAUUUGCUUAUAACUAUUAAAUCACUGAAUUUAUGAUCAG